AUGAGUGCUUUCAGGGAUCUGAUGUCUAUAGUAGACCCUUCAGCUCCAAAGACAUCCACUACAUCCAAGCCAGUCGCACCCGCUGGAGCGUCCAAACCGGUGUCGCGACCAGCUGGAGGGGCAAACGGUGCUUCGCCGUCGCCUCAGCUAAAGCGCAAGGCAUCUGGUUCAGUAGAGAGCAGCCAGGCCAAGAUUCAGAGGAAAGAAGCUGCUAGUCAGACCACAGCGAACGGAGUUGUACGUUCCACGUCAACACCAGCGGCGCUGAAACCGACCCCUGCGCCGGUCACCACAGUUCCAUACCGUGGGACUGCAGCCCCAUCCUCCAUGAAGACCACAAGUCCGGCAGUACGCAAGCCUCCUACACCAGCAAGCGCCCCAACAGCCGCUUCUAAGGCUGCAGCUCCAGCUCCGAAACCCGCUCCGGCAUCUACCGGCGGAGCUCCGGCAUCCACUGCAGCUCCGAAGAAAGGCUAUUUGGCUCUAUUACAGAAGGCGAAAGAGAAGGAUGCGACAAAGCCCAUUGCCCCCCCUAUCAAGCACGAACCAACCAAGAUUCUAACGAAGAAAGAGCGGUUGGCCCUGAAGGCAGAGGCCAGUGCAGGUGCCAAGGGAAAGAAGCCUGUUGCUGGACUACCUUCAAAAGCAGUUGAUUCCAAGGCCGAUGCAUCAAAGCGGAAGCCCAUUGAAGUCGGCUAUCAAGGGACAGCGCGACCCGCCAAGAAGCCUGUCGAGGUGGGUUAUAAGGGUACCGCUCGACCCGCUAGUGCUCCAGCAUCAUCAAGUCGGAAUGGCACACCGGCUGCAAAGGCUAAGCCGGCUCCAGGCAAGGGACGCUACGAUGGAUACGCCGAUUGGGAUGAACUCGAUGAUUUGGAGGACGAUGAAGAAGACUACGAAUCCGAUGCCUCCUCCGUCAUGGAGGGUGGUAUCUGGGAUGUCGAACAAGAAGAGCAACUUGCCCUUAAGGUUGCAAAGAAGGAGGAUGCUGAAGCGCUGGCCGAGGAGAUGAGACUCAAGCGUGAAAAAGAUGCUCGGAAGCAAAAGCUGUUAGCCAUGUCAAAGGCAGCUGCAGCAAAGAGGAGAUUUUAA